CGCGUCAACAGCCUAAUCAUUUUCAAGCGGAAGUCCAAUUUUUCCAUCCAUUACGCCACUUGUAAUACAGCCAUUGGUUCUCUCUAAAAUCUCCAUGGUUACCCCACAAAUCCUCUGCGACAACAAACGAAAAAAAAUACCAUCUUAUAAAAAAUCAGCCGGUUCAAGAAAAAAAAAACCCAAUAAUCACGCACCCAUCCCAAUUCUCUAUGUCACAUUAUGGGUUCCAUUUUUUGCCCAUCUUUCAGGCCUCUUUGUUCUGUAGUAGCUGACCAUUACUUGAAACUCUCUGCUCGUACUCCAAAUCGUUUUUUCCCAUUACUUUCUUUGUCUAACAUUGAUAAUCCACUUGUCAAAACCAAACCAACAUUGCCGUCGUCCUUAUCUUUAUCUAUGGCUAACCCUUUUCAAGUUUCUGCUUCUUCUACAAUGGGUGCAACGAAUGAGGAAUUGGAUGCUGUUUCUUCUAGUCUUGUUGGAGAGAAUGAUCUUUUGAUUGUUGGUCCUGGUGUUCUUGGCCGUUUAGUAGCUGAGAAAUGGCGUCAAGAACAUCCUGGUUGUCAAGUUUAUGGGCAGACAUUGACUACAGAUCACCAUGACGAGUUGAUCAAAAUAGGGAUCAAUCCAUCUUUGAAGGGAACUAAACCAAUUCAUCAGUUUCCUUAUGUCAUAUUCUGUGCUCCUCCCUCGCGAACAUCUGACUACCCUGGUGAUGUCAGGGAAGCUGCUUUAAGCUGGAAUGGAGAAGGUUCUUUCUUAUUUACAUCGAGCUCUGCACCAUAUGACUGCUAUGACAACGGAGAUUGUGAUGAGGACUCUCCAGUAGUGCCAAUUGGGCGAAGCCCGAGGACAGACGUGCUUCUAAAGGCAGAAAAAGUAGUGCUGGAGAGUGAUGGCUGUGUACUGAGAUUGGCAGGACUUUACAAAGCAGAUAGAGGUGCACAUGUUUAUUGGUUGCAGAAGGGGAUUGUAGAAGUUCGUCCUGAUCACAUCUUAAAUCUUAUACACUAUGAGGAUGCAGCUUCUCUCUCCAUUGCAAUCUUGAAGAAGAAAUUCCAUGGGCGAAUUUUUUUGGGUUGUGAUAAUCAUCCAUUAUCCAGGCAGGAAGUGAUGGACUUGGUUGCUAAAAGUGGGAAAUUUAGUAAAAAGUUUGAGGCCUUUACUGGAACCGGUGAUCCUUCAGGCAAGAGAUUGAACAACUCGAAAACUCGAGAGGAAGUAGGAUGGGAGCCAAAUUACCCUAGCUUUGCUCAUUUUCUUGGGGUGUCUGACUAACUGCAAUGUCACUUUUCUGCCCUGGGAGCAUAUAGUACAAUUGAAGUCGAAGGGCAAGGAACAAGUCAACUAGCACAGAGAAUGCUUAUAAUUGAAUUGCUGUUUUCUUUCGUAUCUGUUCAAAUCCUUACAGAAAUAUACCUGAUCAAUGCUGUAGAUUUUCAUUUCUUAGAACAUAGAAUCAGGUUUUAAUGAAGCGUCACACUGUGAAACACAGACAGGGACAGCCAACUAAAGGAGACAAUAGCUUUUCUGGAUGCA